ACCUUCCAUCCCUGAAACAAGAAUAACAAGACGAAAAUGGCAAUAACUUCUAAAACCCUAGUUUCCUCAUCAAAACCUUCCGAGACCUCUUAUCUAUGACUCCUCGUCUUCUCCUUUCCAGGUUUUGAUGUCUUGUAGAUGGAUAGCAUUUCUCUUUUCUCUGGCGGUUUCCAUACUUUUCCUUCUAUAUAGUAGCGGCUAUUACUGCAUUAUGUUGCUUGUGCGCUCUGUGGGCGGUUCGAUUGUCUCCCUUGACCAUUCUCUUGAGGGUGAAACGGUGGGAAUCUGACGGAGUCGUCUACAGUACCGAGAAUUCGUUGAAGAAGGCCUGUGGUUGUAGCUGUUAUUGUGGUUGGAGUGGUGAAGGUACUGAUUAUACUCUUUCACCUGCUCCUUACGCCAACGGUAGUGUCGGAGAUAUGCACGAGAGAGCUCCUGUAGUGGCUGAGCUUCAGUCCGGGUCUUCAAUGAUGGAGCUCUUAGUACCGGAGAUCACAACCCAUGCGCUUAGUUAUUUGGAUUAUCCGAGCCUCUGCCGUCUUUCGAUGACGAAUUCAUCCAUGAGGAAGGCUGCCAAUGAUGAUAAUGCCUGGAAAGCUCUUUAUCACAAGGACUUCACUGUGGAACAAGACGACAUUACACCACUUAAUGGGUGGAAGGCAUAUUAUGCAGCUACAAGAGCUGUUGUGAAUGUCAAUGAAGAGUUCUAUAGUAUCAUCAGAGAAAGGUCACUUACAGCGAUGAGUCGUGUCUGGCUUAAUGCUGAUUACGUGAAGUGCAUCCAUAGCUCUGGGGAGUUCUUCACGGGGUAUGAUCCUUCCAGGUAUGAUGCAGUUAUGGAGAGUUGGCAGCUUGUGUUCAAUUGGGCAGGGGCUGAUGUUCAGAUUCGGGAUGUGCGUGUUCGGGUGCUGACAGACAUGGCUUGGGUCACAAUGAAAGCCUACGCGGACAUGGAAAUUGGGUUAUUUAAUGUCACCAAUUUGUAUGAGUUCCACAACGGGCAGUGGUACAUGGUUCACCAUCACUACUCUGUAAUGCACAUUGGUUAGGAGGCGGAGCACCAAAAUAUGUUCGCGUAAAUAUAUAAAAAAGUUAGAAAAAUAUAUAACCCAUAUACAUAUAUAAUGGCCUUUGUUAUUAGGCCAUCGGUUGUUUCUAUUUGUUCUGCCUUUAUUUUCUUUCACAUUUGAGUUUCUUCUGUAAAUACUCAUUGUUCUACAAAGAAAAAUGAAAAAGUAAAUAUCCAUUGUAUUUUCUCUA